AUGAGAGUGAUAGUGCCUCUACAAGGGGUUGUUCAGGGCACAGGAGGUCUUUUCUGGGGUUCUGUCAUUCCUUGUGCCCUCUUCUACUUUCUUCAACUCUUCUUCAAAACCAAGACACGUCACCACCGCCCUCCACCUUCCCACAACCACAAGGAGGAUUCCACCACCUUCCACCGCUCUCUUUCUCUCAGCCCAAGGCACUCCUCUGCCUCUGCUUAUGUGUCCCCUCGCGCCAAUUCCAUAACCGCUGCUAACUCUUCUUACCAUCUAGGUUUGAACAAGGUCGCUGAUGAUCCAUACCACGAAACUCAUAAUCCCGAUGGUGUUAUUCAACUUGCUUUGCACCAAAGCACUCUAUCUCUUGAUUUGGUUCAAGAUUGGAUUCACUGCAACGGAAGCGCUGCUAUACUGGGGACAACUCUCACCAUUUCUAGGAUUGUUCCUUACCAACCUCUCGAUGGAUUGAUGGAGCUUAAAGUGGCUGUGGCUGGUUUCAUUACUCAAGUGUUGGAAAAGCCGAUUUUCUUCAACACUUCGCGCAUGGUGCUGACUGCAGGUACCACCUCUGCCAUUGAGAUUCUGAGCUUCUGCCUAGCAGAUCAUGGAAAUGCAUUCCUUGUUCCCACGCCUCUUAGCCCCUGUUUUGACGGGGUUGUAAAAUGGCGCACUGGCGUUGAGAUAGUACCUGUUCCCUGUCGCAGCACUGAUGACUUCAAUUUAAGUAUAACUUCACUAGAGAGAACCUUCAAUCAAGCAAAGAUGCGCGGUAAAAAAGUUCGUGGAAUCAUUAUAACCAACCCCUCAGAUCCUGCUGGCAAAUUGUUGAAUCGGGAAACACUGUUGGAUCUUUUGGACUUCGCUAGAGAGAAGAACCUUCACAUAAUCUCUAAUGAAAUGUUUUCAGGCUCUUCUUAUGGUGAUGAAGAGUUUGUGAGCAUGGCAGAAAUCAUGGAGGCAGAAGAUCAUGACCGGGACAGAGUUCAUAUAGUGUUUGGUUUAUCCAAUGAGCUUUCUGUUCCAGGUUUGGAGGCGGCUGUUAUCUACUCCUAUAAUGACAAUGUCUUGGCUGCUUCUAGCAAAUUGGCAAGGUUCUCCACUGUUUCUGCCCCAACCCAAAGAUUGCUUGUCUCCAUGCUUUCAGAUACAAGUUUUGUGCAAAAAUUUAUUGAGGUUAACAGAUUGAGGCUGCGAAAAAUGUAUAAUUUAUUUGUGACAGGGUUGAAGCAGUUGGGAAUUGAGUGCACUAGAAGCAGUGGUGGUUUCUGCUGCUGGGCUGACAUGAGCGGGUUGAUUCGGUCUUACAGUGAAAAGGGGGAACUUGAGUUGUGGGAUAGAUUGUUGAAUGUAGUUAAGAUCAAUGUUACCCCGGGUUCUUCAUGUCACUGUAGCGAACCUGGAUGGUUUCGUUUUUGUUUUGCUACAUCAACUGAAAAAGAUGUAUCUGUAGUGAUGGAACGGAUUUGGAGAAUUGUUGAUUCCACGAAGUGA